AUGCGCUUGUUCGCGGUGGCACGCUGCUGCCAGUCUGUGACAGGUUUCCAGGAGAACGCGAAGGCCGUGUACGCAUCGCCCCUGGUGGCGUGUGGGAAGUGCUUGGCACAUGCUGGCACGUGUAAAGUGCCACAUGUAGAUUUGGAUGUCAGCGGAUUACCAUGCGUGGACAAUUCAAGAAUCAAUAUAAAGCGGGCAUUCGAAGAGGGAGGGACUGGUCCUUUAUUCGCAGUUUGGGCACGGAGACUGCGAGUUUAUGGUAUACCCAUGGCGAUAUUGGAAAACGAUUUCAAACUUGGUAUCCUGAGUGGACUUUUGGGUGACUUGUACAACAUCUACCCACUCCAGGUGAAGACAGAUGAUGUUGGCCACUCUGGCGCAUCGAGGAACAGGCUCUACAUUAUCGUGGUGUCCAAACAGUGUGAGCAGCUCAAAGAUCCCGUGCAGCUGUAUAACUUUGUGGCGGAGAGAAAUCGAAGCGUGUUCUCCACGCAGCCCAAAGAUUACGUCUUUGCUGAUGAGUUCGAGAUACAGUGUGAGGCCUUCGAGACUGCCCGUGUGCGGGGGAUGACCUUCCGUUCCAGCGAGUUCAGCUUGGCCUAUCUUUUGAAUGACAGAGAACAGAAAGCGGUCCUGAAGCUAGAUGAGAUGUACAUGGAGAGAUUUCGGGAAGAUCCCCGAAAGAAUGAGAACCUCGUCUACUUCUUAGGAGAUGAUCCCUCCUGGACGGCUUCGUGGUCAGCCGUCAACCAUAGGAUUCCAACCUUCAGAACGAACUGUGGCACGGGCAAAUAUUGGCUGCCGGCGGCACAGCGUUGGCUGACAAGCUCUGAACGGUUGCACGGCUGA